CCAGGAGGGGUAACCCGGUGGCUGCGACCGAGGCAGCCAGGAGGGGGAACCCGGCGCCUGCACUUGAGGUAGCCAGGAGAGGGAGCUCAGAGGCUGCGACAGAAGAGAGGCGACGGGAGUCACCUCGUCGCCACCGCACCCAGAGGAGAGCUGGGCGCGACCACAGGGGACAGGAGCGCGGGAGGAAGGCCACAAGGGUCACUCCUAGAACCCACCCUGGAGCGGCGAGGGGACGGGCAGGAGCCCAUCCUAAUAGGAAUCCGCCCCCACCUGCCAUCCUGGUGAGGAGACCGUCUGGGCGUCUAUACCGGCAGAGGAGUUCGCCCACCCGGGAGCAGCUGCGGCAUGGGGCGGGUCCGACAUACCAGUGCUUUGGAGGGGCUGCCGAGAUCGCUCCCCGUCUGCAGAACGGGAGAUGGUAUUGGUGCCUGGCAUGCAAGGUGCCCACCAUGCAUGCCGUAGACCACCACGCGGAGUACCACCGCCGUGUCUGCACUCUGACGUGGUGCCCGGUGGACGGGUGCUUGACAGCUGUGCCCAGAGCCGUGCUCUACCGUUUGACGAGCCAUCUGCAGACGGACCAUCACCUGGGGCCUAAGCACCACUACGAGACGCCAGGGUGGAUGCAGCAGCGAGGCGCCGACAACCCCGCACACCGGGGACCGACGAACGGAUACCUGCGGGAGGAGCAGGGCGAGGCCAGGAGAGUGGCGCCAGCGGCGGCAGCACCAGCUCGCCCCAUCACCCGGCCGGCUUGGAGAGACGGGUGGCCAGUGGUGGCGGGCGUUUCGGGCAGGCCUGUAGCCGCCGCCGCCCGGGCAUCCUUAAAGCGGGAGGCGCCCAGCGCUGCGCGCCGGAGGCAUAAGAGGCAAGCCUCGGGGGUCGCGGCACCCACCGCAUCGAGGCGGCGGAUGUUACCCGAGACGUCGAGAAGGCGAGUGAUGAGAAUACGAGCGUCGGGGGAACGGAUGCCGCCCGGGAGACCGGCGAGGAGUCGACCGUUUCCCGCAGCGGAAGGCCGAGCACCGUCGUCCGCACUCGAGGUGACGCCCGCGCCGACCUCGCAUGCGAGGCAUGCGCCGAUGGGAGUGGAGGCACCGCUAGAGGUGCCCGCGUCGUCGGAAGUGCCAGCUCUGAUGCUGGCGACGAUGCGUGCACUGGAGCCGCCUGGGGCUCCGUCUGCGAACUCCACCGAGCAGUACAACGAGUUCCUGGGGAUGCUAUUCCAGCCCCCAGCCGACCUUCCGGCGUGGGAUUACCCGAGUCUGAGCGAUCCGGAUGGCGGGCCGGCGUUCGACCGACUGGAGCGACUGGGUGUCCGCCAGCUGCGCCAGGCGCUUUCCUGGUGCAGUGCCCAGCGACGGCGCACUGAGAGCCUGGAUCGGCGCGUCAAGGAGCUGCUGGCGGCGAAGACCAACAUCGUCCGUCCGUCCGGGUUGGGUACUACGAAGUGAGCGCAGUAGCACCGAGGCGGCGACGAUACGACAAACAAGGAAAGCUAUCAUCAUGUAGAAUGCCUGAUUUGCUCGGGGAGAAGACGAGGCAUCUGUGCUCUCUAGUGGAUCCAAGUAUAUCAGUCGCUCCUGCAUGGAUAUCGCCACCAGCAUCCAGUGGUCACCAGUAGGAUUCUAUGGGUCCAGAUUCUCUGAAGCAGCACUGAUGCUGUGGUCUGCCCAGAGUAUUCCAGUUGACUGACCCCUCGCUCGUGGACGUGCACAAGUGUUACUCGCUCUACGACCACGCGUCGGACUACGCCGAGCUCACGUGCGACUCCAGUCUGCUCUACGAGCUGCUCGUGUUCUUCAAGCCGGACUUUGAGCACAAGUCGAAGAUGCACAAGCGGCGCGUCAACACGCUGCGUAGAGUGCUCGGCGAGCUCAACCCGCGCCACUACCUGCUCGUCUGCCGGCAGCUGACGUACGAGAUCGUCGAGGCGUACAGCGAGACGCUCGACAUCAAGAUGGCGAUCGUCGAGGAGCAGCAGACGACGCCGUCGCCGCACGCCGUCAGGAAAAUCAACCUGCUCGGCGCCGAGUGCAUUCGCAAUUUCGAGUUGUUCCUCGACUCGUUUAAGACGGCGUACGGCGAGAUGGUGGAACAGUUUGACAGUGAUAAUGUUCGUCCAGUGCUGAUAGCUUACUUCUACGUGGGCUGCAUGCAUUCAAACUUCAUCGAUUAUUACGAUGUUCACAAACAGAUAGCGAGCAUUCAGAAGAGCAUUGACUGCUAGCAGUUAUUAGUAAGUUAUUGUGAAAGUACCCAGACGUGGAAAGUUUGGUGAAAGGUGAUUACGCAUUAACGCAUGUCGAACAAGCACUUAACGCAUGUCGAACAAGCAAUUAACGCAUGUCGAACAAGCAAUCAACGCAUG